UCCCAGCAGUUCGUCGGUCGCUGUCUCAGCUGUGCGCCCGCCGCCGCCGCGUCGUCCGUGCUGGGCUCGCAGUCUCUAGCGGCCCACUCCACCUCGAGGGUCCGGCCUCGGGCGAUCGCCAGCAAGCGGCUAGCCAGGGCAGCACAGGGAGUACCUACCAGGGCAGGCGCUGUCCAGCCCGGAGUCCGGGCGCAGUCAGUGAGGGUCGAGGCGCGUGGACGUCGAGGUGGCCACCAUGGUGGCCACGUGCCUGCAAGUGGUGGGCUUCGUCACGAGCUUCGUGGGCUGGAUCGGCAUUAUCGUCACCACAUCCACCAAUGACUGGGUGGUGACCUGUGGCUACACCAUCCCUACCUGCCGCAAGCUGGACGAACUGGGUUCCAAGGGGCUGUGGGCUGACUGCGUCAUGGCCACGGGGCUGUACCACUGCAAGCCCCUGGUGGACAUCCUCAUCUUGCCGGGCUACGUGCAGGCUUGCAGGGCCCUAAUGAUCGCCGCCUCAGUUCUGGGUCUGCCGGCAAUUUUGCUGCUGCUGACAGUUCUCCCCUGCAUCCGAAUGGGCCAUGAGCCUGGUGUGGCCAAGUACCGGCGGGCCCAGCUGGCAGGAGUCAUGCUCAUUCUGCUGGCUCUCUGCGCCAUCGUCGCCACCAUCUGGUUCCCUGUGUGCGCCCACCGUGAGACCACCAUCGUGAGCUUUGGCUACUCCCUGUACGCGGGCUGGAUUGGUGCGGUGCUGUGCUUGGUGGGUGGCAGCGUCAUCGUCUGCUGCGCUGGAGAUGCCCAGGCAUUUGGUGAAAACCGUUUCUACUACUCUUCGGGCUCCAGCUCCCCGACUCAUGCCAAGAGUGCACAUGUAUAAGAGAGCCGUGGCCACGGCCCCGUGGAGGUGCUGUAGAUGCCGGGCCCAUGGCCCUAGGUUCACUUCUCUGCCAGGCACCAAAGCCAAAGGUCUAGAAAACAUCCUGCCUGGCGUUUUGUAGUCUUAACACCCCCCCCCACCUCUGCCCCCCAUCACGUUUUGGUUGCCUUAAAAGAAAUCUCUGGCUCAGAUUAUGCCCACAUAGUUUCCAUGGUGUUGCCCACUAUUAUCUCUUUUCUCGGGCAUCCCUUUGUUGUUUAAUAAAAAGUAAUAAUUUUGUUUCUCUCUAAAUUUCAAGUGUCUUGCAAACAUGGCUGAGUUGGGUGCGGGUAGGGGAGCGAAAUAAAAAAGACACUUUUCAAACUGUUACAGAUGACAAUGGGAGUCUCAUAAAGAUGCCUCUCUUGUUUGCUCCCUCCUCUUCAAUUCCAAGGUCAUUUACUUCUAAGAGAUAGAAAAAGAUAGAA